AUGCAAGCUCAACGUGUCAAGAAGAGCAUUUGGUCGUCAUCAGUCAUUGAAGAAGAAUUCAACAAGCGUGUCGAUACAGAAGUAACAAAUCUGGCUGAAAGCUUCAUGGAAAUUAUUGAAGCUGCUCGAACACAAACACCAGAAGACACACUACCAGCUCGAUUAAAGUUGCCAACUUCAGAGUCAAAACCACCUACUUUGCAUAUUGAUGACAAGCACAUCACAUUACAAAAGACUACACGCAUGCAAGUCGCGACUGCAUCACUUGUCAAGUCCUCGGAAUCACUUCUCUCCAUUACAUCUGAACUGAAGAGAUGUCUCGUCCUGAAUGACUAUGCUGCAUUGAACGCUUCAGUCAGAGCACGUCGAGCCCAAAUCCUUGCUCAGCAGUCAAAGAUAAAAGAAACGUUGAGUGGACUGGAAGAUGCUUUGGGUGAUGUCACAACAGGUUUAGAGAAGGCUCUCUUUGUGUCAUCAACAGGUUAG